AGUUGCGUCCCGAUCACCGCGCCAGUCGCUCGUGCCCAAAACCGGAGCGACUCGAAAAAUCGCGUGUGAUUCCAAAAUCUUUAAAAAAAUAUUCAAUAUUAAUUUUAAAAAAUAUUUCUUUUUGUGAAAUAUUUUUCGUCGUUCGCAUCACAAAGCGAAGGCAUAUAAAGGAUCAGUAAUUCAACCAUAAAAUGCGGCGGAGCCUUUCAUGACAAACAAGUAGAAGUUAACAUUUGCAAUUAGUACCACAAACAUUCAGAAGAUGGCGUUGUUCAAUAAUUCCUUUUCAAGAACCUACCAUCACUUAUUCACUGAAUUAGCUGAUUCCCGAACAAACGACUGGUUCUUAAUAACGGAUCCAGUCCCCGGUCUCACUAUCAUCGGCCUGUACCUAUACUUCUCGUUGAAAUGGGGGCCGAGGUACAUGGCAGACAAGAAGCCUUUCCAACUGCAGAAGACAUUAGUCAUUUAUAAUUUUAUUCAAGUCGUCGUUAGCUGCUGGUUGUUCCAUGAGGGCCUCGACGCUGGCUGGUUGAGGACUUAUAGUUGGAAAUGCCAACCCGUUGACUUCUCAAAAACGCCUGAGGCUAUGAGAGUAGCGAGAGGCGUCUACAUAUACUUCCUGGCAAAAAUGUCGGAACUCCUCGACACAGUUUUCUUCGUGAUCAGGAAAAAAGACAGGCAGAUCACUUUCCUCCACAUGUACCAUCAUACGGUGAUGCCCAUGAUAUCCUGGGGUGCUACGAAGUACUACCCAGGGGGUCAUGGAACCCUCAUAGGUGUUAUAAACUCUUUCGUUCAUAUUAUCAUGUACACCUAUUACAUGUUCUCGGCUAUGGGACCACAAUACCAGAGGUACCUGUUUUGGAAGAAGUACAUCACUACACUGCAAAUGCUCCAGUUCUGCAUCGCCUUCCUCCACUCAGCGCAGCUGCUGUUCUAUGACUGCGGCUACCCUCGCUGGUCCGUCGUCUUCACUCUUCCUAACUCCAUCUUCUUUUACUACCUCUUCUACGACUUCUACUACAAGGCCUAUGGCAAACCUACCAAGAAAGGAGCUGAAGAUAAGAAAGACGUCAAAGAAAUAACAAGCAAUGGUCACAUGAAUGGUAAAGUCAAAACCAACGGCUACGCAAACGGAACAGCCAACGGUAAAAAAGUUAAUUAAAAACCAACUGAAUAUACAAUGUAAAUAUUUUUGUUGUUUCAUACCAAUACCAAUUUUAGUUUUAAGCUAAUCUUGAAUAUUGUUACGUAAAAAAUCCUUAAUAACGAAUGCUCAAAUUCUGACUUAAAAUUUUACCGUUACUUAUUAGACAGUACUUCGUCAUCAUUUUGUAUCUUGAUGAUCCUAAAUGCUGUCGCUAGUACUUCUAAUUUGUUGGAUUUUUGUUUAAUAUCUUCAGUUAUAGAUAAGAGAGUUACGGUGUAUAUACUAUAGAUUGUUACAUCAUGUAUUUAAGACAUUAUUGUUUAGUUAGAUAUUACGCUGAUUAUAUUGCCAUGAGUUUAAAACUAUCAUGCAUUGACACAUCUGCUGUAAAUUUUGUAGGUAAAAGUCUAUAUGUGAUAUAGAUAGAAACAAUAUUUGCCCUACAUAUAGAUUUUUUUCUGAAUCUCAUAACGCACACGCAUAUAUUUGUCUUGGGCUUUAUAUAUUGAAAUUAUUAAUUGUCUUCCAAUUAAUCUGAAAAAAUAUUCCAGAUUUUAUUAUGAUAUUGUAGAGGUCUUUUUGAUUUCGGGUUAUAUGAUAUUCGAAACCUUACUGAAAUAUGAGGUGUCCCAAUACCGUUCUUAUAGUAUAGUUUUCUUAAAAUAUCAUUCCUUUGCAAUCUAGUUAUUUAUUUUAAUUGCAAAGAACUGGUACUCGGCCUCACAAAUCAAAUACAGUAUCACUAUAAUUAUGUUUUUGCCGCUGGUACUCUAUUCAUCGAUAUGUACUUUUUUACGAUUUUGAAAUAAGACUUCAUAACAUUAGGCAUAAUGGUUUUCUACGAUUAGCUAGCAUUAGCAAUAUAGAUUUCUUUUAGCUCAAUACCAAAAUGUGGUAAUAACACACUUGACUGUAACAAAAAAUGUACCUAAUGUUAAACGCAAUAAGGUUCAGAAUCCAAUGUUUUAGGUAUGGAGUAGGCAUUAGACCCGGUGCCAAUUGACGAUUGAUUGUGCGAGCGACACCGUGUUUUGAAACGACGCAUGAAAAUAUAACUUAAUGGUAUAAAACUAAAGUUGAUUAUUCAAUGUUUCAAAAAUUCCUCGUUGAUAAGUUUUCGUUAUUGAACUAGAAAUCUUUUACUUUUAAAUUCGAACUUUAUUUUCAUAACAUUAAGUUAUAUUUUAGCCUAAAAAGGAUACUUAGUUGUUACAGUUACGUGUGUAGUGCCUUAAAAUUAUACGCUCUUGUUGAAGCAUGUUUUACUAUAUAGUUGCACAUUAAAUAAUUGUACAUUUACGUAAUCGGGUUUUUAAUGUUUAAUACCUAAUAUAUUUAAUUACAUGACUACAA